AUGCAGAUUGUUUUCUUUUCUAUUGGGAACCCUGGUCGAAUGAACAGACAUUCGACAGGCCACUAUGUACUUCAACAUCUUGUUCUGGAUUUCGGCGCAACACAGUUGGUGAAAAAGGGAAAAUAUUCCAUCACUUCGCUUGACAAUGUAAUGUUUGUCAAAUCUAACGCAUACAUGAACGAAUCUGGCGAGCUGCUACGGGCUUUCCUUGGGAAUGAAAAAAUUCGCCAGUGCAUCCUUGUAGUUUUGUUUGACGAUUUUGAACUAGUGAUGCCCAAAGUCAGGCUACAACGCCUUAAACAAAACGAAUCUCACAAUGGAAUCAAAUCAAUUGGACGAGAGAUCCAACUGCAAAACAUCGAGGCCUUGAAAUUGGGGGUAGGGAUUGGGCCAAAGCCUCAAAAUGCCUCGCGGGAUUCCAUGGCAUCGUGGGUACUUUCAGAUUUCAAAUUGGAAGAAAAGCAGCUACUUUCUACAUCUUUGCAAACCAUAUACAAAUACGUGGAGCAUAUAAUUUCGCUGGACGGCGAGAUAGGGGACUGUAAUAAGCUCAAUUCCCGCAUCACUAAACAGAUGAGUGUGCUGGAUUGA